AUGUUCGAAAACUUUGACUCGGAAGCCGGGCGGCGGUCACCGCCACUCGAAGUAGUCAAGCCCACAUAUGACUAUGUCGAACCAGAUCCACCCUUUGUCAAGGCCGACGACAAGCGGGAUCUCGCAUCGCAUGUCGCGAAUGCUCACGGAGCGGUCGACCGUUCCCGUAAGCCGCACCUGCCCGAAACGCAGAUUCAAACCCAUCUUGGCGACUCGGUGCUGAUGAGGCAUCUAGGGCCAGAUCACCCGGAAGUCGCGGCUGGGCUUCGUGACCCCACGAGCUGGCCGCUACCGAAGCGGGAGGCCCCGGGGCUGUCAUGGGAUGACUGGGGGCGAUCGGGACAACAGCCCGCAGACACAACACGAUCUCAAUACGAGGCCCAAGUCUCGGCGCGAUCAACAGAUUGGAGUGACAAUGAUCGGAUGAUAGAUGUGGAGGAGCCAGGGAGACUCGCCUCAACGCCGAAACACGAAAGACCGGCACCAUUACCACCACCACCUCCUCCUCCUCCACCACCGCCGCCAUUGGUGUCCCAAAAAUCAGAUCGUCCAUUAUCAUUAUCACCACCGACAAACCCUCCUGCCACGAUCUUACCACCUAUCGCGUCGCCUUCAAAGAUCAAAUACGACGUCGUUUCACCCCCACAGCGUCCCCGUCUCCAAUCCAUCACAGAAUUCCCUCAUAUGCAAACCUCGGCGCAUUUAUCAAGCGAGCCGUCCGGGCGGGCCGCCCCGAUCUCUCUACCCUCGAUCCAAUCCUUAUCUCCGCCAUCCUCAGCCGCAGGCACAUCACCCGACUCCGCUAGUUGCAAUGCCCAGGGUAAGAUUCUACCAUCCAUAGAAUCAGCGCUGGAGAAUCUAUCACACGCCGAGUUCUCAUCCGCUAGGCUCAAAAUUACUUACUCGUCUUGUCCCAAUUCCGCCACCUCGACCGAUUCUCCACAUGACAGAUCUCAUGUCCGCCAUUUCUUUGCUUCGUCUAUACCCCCCACCCACGUCUGCCCUCUGGCGUGGUCUCCCCCUCCCUCGGGCCCGUCACCUGCCGCCCACUCGAGCGUGGAGACACCGAACAACCCUGCGACUCCCUUUGAAACCUCUCCCAUGGCAGCACAUAGCCCUUUGACGAGCUAUCCAACCCCGACGGAACCGAUCGUCGCUUCUCCCGGAUCGACCGAACGGGCCUCUCUAGCUUCCACGGUGUCGCAGAAUGGAACCGGCGCUCCAGGGGGCUACAGGUGCACCCAUCUCGGCUGUACUGCCGCUCCCUUUCAAACGCAAUAUUUACUCAAUUCCCACGCCAAUGUGCACUCGCAAGAUCGACCCCACUUCUGUCCUGUAGAAGGGUGCCCUCGUGGGUUCGGCGGGAAGGGAUUCAAACGCAAGAACGAGAUGAUGAGACAUGGGCUUGUGCACAACUCUCCCGGCUAUGUGUGUCCAUUUUGUCCUGAUCAGCAACACAAGUACCCUCGGCCGGAUAAUCUUCAACGACAUGUUCGCGUGCAUCAUGUCGAUAAGAACAAAGACGACCCGGUUUUGCGACAAGUACUGGCCCAACGUCCGAUUGGAAGUACUCGCGGGCGUCGGCGGAGAUCAAACUUUGCUUGA